CUGUCCUUUUCCCCCGAGCUCGGUGGUUAAGAUGGCGGCUGCGGGGGCUGAGGGGGCGAGUCCGUGACGGCCUGUCCGGAGAACGGCGGCGAGGACGGUGGGGAAAGGGAGGCUGAAGAGCGGCUCUGGGAAGCUCCUAAAGCGGGGUAGCGGGGCGGAAUGUGAGCAGCAGGAGGAGGAGACGGAGGGCUCUGGCGGGGGCCCAGGACGGGAGGAGAGCGGGGAUGGGCCAGCAGGUGGGCCGCGUCGGCGAGCCGGGUGCCGCCGCGCUUCAACAUCAGCCUCAGCCGCCGCCGCCGCCGCCGCAACAGCAGCAGCUCCUGCCUCUCGCCCAGCAGCCACAGUCCCAACCCAGAGGGCUUCGCGGGAGUAAUAGCAGCGGGAGUGGUAGGCCUGCCAGCCGGAGGCGAGAAACGGCCGCGGCGCGAGCUGCCGACAGCGGCUUCAAUAUCUUCACCCAGCACGAGGCUCUCCACCGUCCUUUUGGUUGUGAUGCUGAACCACAGACACUGAAUGAAGCCAUCAGGUGGAGUUCCAAGGAGAAUCUUCUCGGAGCCACUGAGAGUGACCCCAAUCUUUUUGUUGCACUUUAUGAUUUUGUAGCAAGUGGUGACAACACACUCAGCAUCACCAAAGGUGAGAAGCUACGUGUAUUGGGUUACAAUCAGAAUGGUGAAUGGAGUGAAGUACGCUCCAAGAAUGGACAAGGAUGGGUGCCAAGUAACUACAUCACUCCAGUAAACAGCCUGGAGAAGCAUUCCUGGUAUCAUGGACCAGUAUCACGUAGUGCAGCUGAAUAUCUGUUGAGCAGCCUCAUUAAUGGCAGCUUCCUUGUUCGAGAAAGUGAGAGCAGUCCAGGACAGCUGUCAAUCUCGCUCAGGUACGAGGGACGUGUUUACCACUACAGGAUCAAUACCACCACAGAUGGCAAGGUAUAUGUGACAGCUGAAAGUCGCUUUAACACAUUGGCAGAACUAGUUCACCACCACUCAACGGUAGCUGAUGGCCUCGUAACAACUUUGCACUACCCAGCACCCAAGUGCAAUAAGCCCACAGUCUAUGGAGUCUCCCCCAUCCAUGACAAAUGGGAGAUGGAAAGGACGGAUAUCACCAUGAAGCACAAACUCGGCGGAGGACAAUAUGGUGAAGUGUAUGUUGGAGUAUGGAAGAAAUAUAACCUUACAGUUGCAGUAAAAACACUCAAGGUAUGA